CCAUCCGAACGACCCUAAACGUCCUCCGGCUGGUGUCGCUGUGGCCCGCGGGGAUCGUUGGUUGGAUUGCAUUUCGGGAAGAGCUCGGAGCCUCGAGAGAGAGAGAGAGGGGGAGAGGGGGAGAGCACGAGGCACGAGAGGCCAUGGUCGAAUCGUGCGGCAAUUCUUAGGACAGUGGCAGGCAGGGGAGGAGGAAGAGCAGGAGUGGCAGCAUGGGGUGGAUUCCGUGGCGGAGAGGGGGUGGGCGGGCAGGCGAAAGCAGUCCUGGCAAGGAUGGCGUCGCAGGAUCGGGAGAUGAAGCAGGAGCUUCGGACAGUGGGGCAAAGGCGGGGAUUGAUGGACCCCAGACUUGGCAGGAAAGGCUGGAGCAGUAUAAUUACGAGGAGGAGUAUCGGCCGGAUCCCAGGUAUGAUUCGGACGUCGAGGAGGAUUUGACCUCGACGGGAUUCUUCAGGAAGAAGGAGGCCACCACCCCGGAAGAAAUUGCCGAAAAUGAGAGGCAAAUUGAAGAGUUCAAGAACAGUCCGAUGGUGAAAUUUUUGCUCCGCUGCGAGGAUCAGAGGGAAGAAGAACUUGCCACCGAGCGAUUGCGGAAUAAUCUGCCCCCCAGGAAGGAGGAUGUGAAAUUGUGGCAAUCUCUGCCGUUUGUUCCAGGGCCAGAUGGAGGCCCGGGCAUGCCGAGGCUGGCACUGAAAACUGAGGAUGAUGUGCAAGCCCGCUUUUGGGAUUUUUUCAAACAGUUUGGCUUCGGGUUGUGGGGCUACAAACAAAGGCCGUAUCCAAUUCACAAGCCUUGUGAUGUGCAGCAGGCUCUCGGUUACAAUUUUCUGGACAAACGUUACGCAGAUUUUACAAUGAGAGCUGGCGGAUGGUACUAUAAGGACCGGCUAGGACGUAGUCGUGGACCAAUGGAGCUGAUCAAUAUGAAGACUGCAUGGGCAGGAGGCAUUAUAGACAAAAAUACUUUCAUCUGGGGUGACGACAUGGAUGAGUGGGCCCCGAUUGGAAUGGUCUACGGACUGCAAACUGCGAUCGAGACACCAGAUAUAAAGUGGACAACCGCUGGAACUUCGCUCGUCCACAAACUGGCCAAUGGUGUGCCAUUAUGGCGUCCCAAGAGAGGACAUGCUUUCAAGUCUUACAAGCAACUUCAAAGCGAAGCGAUUGAGAAGAGAGAACGAGAAAAUGCUGUUCUUCGAAGGAACGGAGGAGCCUGGCCUGGAGAGCGUUCCCCAAGUUAUUCUAUGUUCCUCUGGGCUAGUGGAACAGAGCUUACAAAUAUGUUAGACGACGACAAAGCAGGCAGAUUCAUUCCUUAUAAAACGAGGAGAAGGCUAGCUAAGGAAAUUCCAGGAUUGCGGCCUUGGGAAGUGCAAGAUGUGGAGCAGGUUAUGGAUCUUAUGACAUUUAACAGACAGUGGUACAGAGAAGAUCUCGGCGAUUUUACAACUAGGGCUGAUUACGAGCGCGAUUGGUUCGAUACUUUCCAGGAAAAAUGGGAUGAGAUUGCUGAAGAUAUUGAGUCUGUCUUUGGCCGCGGAGAUGAUGAGGCAGCCAAGAAGUAGGAUUGAAAUUUUCGUGAAAUCGAGAAUUCCCAAGAUAAUGGUGGACAUUGUGCACAAUCCCCCAGAACCCACUUGCUGAAAGAGAUAUUGAUUGUUGGUUCCUGAGAGGGGAUGGCUUUUUCCUGGAGUGCGCACUAGGCUGAGAUACUUAUCUCACUCACCUAAAGCGUAUGGAAAGUUGCCCUGUCAUUCCAUAAAAAUGUAGUCGUACCAGAUUUGGGUUAUCAUUCAAGUUGAGUGUCCUCGUAGUGUCCGCUGUGAAUUUCAAUUUUGACCACCAAAUGAAUUUCAAGGCCUUAGCUCUGAUUCUUUCG